UAGCUACUUUGAGGAUGUCGGAUGUGGCAACGGUGAUGGAGACGGUCAGUAGUGUGUAGUAGUGUGAGAGCUUGGUGACGUGUUGGGUAGUUGUGCUGCACUCUGCACCAGUCCUCACCCACACUUGUCUCCUCACGGGUAUAAGGGAAGGUGUACAAGGUCAGCAGCCUUCCUCUCCAUCUUGGUGUGGUAUCUUGUGUUGUGAGGCGUCUGACCAUAGCAACCAUGGGCAACAAGAGCAGUCUGAUGCUGCAGGAGCAAGAUAUCAAGGAUAUCCAGGCAGAGACAGGAUUUUUGCCAAGUCAAAUAGAACGACUCUACAGUCGUUUCACAAGUUUGGAUAAAGGGGACAAUGGCUCGUUGUCUCGUGAAGAUUUCCUCCGCAUUCCUGAGUUAGCAAUUAACCCUCUUGGUGACCGCAUUGUUCAUGCUUUCUUUAAGGAAAGUGAUGAUGAUCAUGUGAACUUUCGUCAGUUUGUGCGGGUCUUAGCUCGCUUCCGGCCAAUUAAACGCAACCAAGACAAUAAGCUUAAUGCCAGAGAAGAAAAGCUGCGAUUUGCCUUCAAAAUGUAUGAUCUUGAUGACGAUGAGCGCAUCUCUCGGGAAGAACUUCUUGCUGUUCUCCAUAUGAUGGUUGGAGAGAACAUUAGUGAUGAACAACUCAACAGCAUUGCAGAACGUACUAUUAUCGAGGCUGAUCGUGAUGGUGACCAGAUGAUAAGCUUUGAAGAAUUUUGUGAUGCAUUGGAGCGUACGGAUGUUGAACAGAAGAUGUCCAUAAAGUUCCUUAAAUAAGAAGCAAAUGCCUUUCAAUUAACUUUUUAAUGUUCAAGCUCUCUCCAAAAAUAGUUAGUACUAAUUGCUAAAAGGUAAUUAUGAAAAGGAUUCAUUGGUAAUUUAAAAUUGAUUAUAAUCGAGAAGAAUUUUUUUCUCUGUGAUACUUUCUGAAAUAAGUAUAGUACUACUAUUUAGUUAUUUAAAAGUUUGCUCAGCUGCAGUUCUAAAAUUUCAUGGGGUAUUUGAACAUCGAUAACUAAUUUUGUGAGGGGAUGCAGUUUCUUACUUUUCAGAGGCUUAUUUUCUUAAAAGCAAUCACAAUGCAAGGUGGCUAGAUUUAGAUGAGUGGAACAAAUCUGGAGAAAUCAAGCACUUGUUGUAAAGUUGUUUGUAAGUUCCAGUGUAAGUUACAUAGCAGCUGAAACUGCUACACAGUAUUUAUAGCAAAGCUGUCUUAAUUUAGUACUUUGGGAUUUAUUUCUUUUCAUAUAUGUACCUAAAAAUACAAUGCUAUAUAGUAAAAAUAUAUUCAGUUUUCUGUAUUUUGCAGGUAAACAUUUAAAUUCAAACAUUUCACUCGAGUCCAUGAUAUCAAUGUGAUAACUUGCAAGGCUGUCCUAAAUCUGCAAAUACAGAACUUCAUUCUGUUGGGGUGAGGGUUUAGACAUUUAAUUGCUCUUAGUAGUAAAGUGAUGCCAUGAUAUAUGCCAUUCCAUAUACAAUAAUAAUGAAAUGUUUCAUGUUUAAUACUAUGUUAAAAUCAGUAUUUUUUUUCAUAUUUUACUUAAUCAGUGGUUUGGGAGCGACGUUCAAAGUUCGCUUAAUAUUUAAGCCUUGGAACAGGUAGUGUUUAUUUAUGCCAUACUAAAUAAAAAGUGAUCCUGCUGUAUAUCUUUUUAUAGAUGCUGAAAGCUAUUCUUGGAAUUUAAAGUAUUACAAAAUAUCAUGGCUUUAAUCUGGUCUUUGAAAAAAAAAGUCAACUGCAGAUGUGUAUUGUAUAUUAGAGUUCAGAUAAAAUCUACAUGGCUCACUAUAAAUAUGAGCAAUGACUUAAAUAGAUUGUUAUAUGUUCUGAUAGAAUAUACUUUGUUAUACAUUUUGAUAUACUGUACUAUAAUGUAUUGUUUAGAAUUACUGUAUUCACCGUUUCAUGCAUUGCCUACUACCAGCUUAUGUGGUGAGAAUUUAUUGUUUGUUCACCUAUUUUAAACCCUCUUAAUAUCUCUCAAACCUAAAUUUAAAUACACAAGGGAAAAAUCUUGGAAAUUUAGCAUUUAAACUGUGCUAAUUUAUAAGGCCAAAAGGAAAUAAUUUUGUUGUGAUAAGAUGGAGAGAAGGCAUGUGUGUAAUAUUAUGUGUGGUGGAUAAUACAAUAUUUCCUAGUCAGGUACCUUGUGAUAACCUCAGCAUCAGUUGCCCAUUAUCAAGCAACUGAAUGAGCAUGUAGUAGAACUGUAAAGGGUUAGUGUAUAAA